UGGACCUGCAUUAGCAUUAUAAAGUUAUCUUAGAUACAUAGUGUUUCAAUGUCACUGAAUUUCUCAGAAGUUAGAGAGCAUAGUGUGAGCUUCUACCUUGUGACCUUCUGAAUUGAUCCUGCUUCUUGCAGCUAUGAACUGUUUAAAAACAAGAGUGUUGAUAUGUUUCAGUGAAUGCAUUGCAGUCUCCAGAUAGGAUUAAAUUCAACAUUGAACAAAUUAAUGUAAUAUGAUUAUUUCAAUAAUAACACAGUUUCUUACUCCGAUAACGUUGUGGGACAAACUUAACCUCAACACCAGAUGGCAGUAUCUGGUGAGCUUCUGACCUGUGCCUAGCAAAUGAGUUACCUGGUUUUGGCCUAUUUUAUGAAAAUUCUUUUUGAGAGCUACUAAGAUACCUCUUUCCCUGAAAAGUCAUUUAAAAACUCUGAAAGAAUGAGUAUUUCCAACUGGGAGUUAAAAGCAGACUACCCUGAAGAGGUUUGUUUCCAUCUUCCACAAUCUCAGAGAUUAAAAGUAAGUUAUAAUUACUUAGUUAACUUAAUGGUUAGCUUUGGGAAGAUGCGUGCCUCUCAUAAAUGUCUCUCUUACCACUACAUGUGCCUGUCUUUAUUGAUAGUUCUCAAUAGCUACCUGAAGAGAACACCUAUGAAGGCAUUUACCACUUUGGGGCUUGAAGUAUAUGGUAAUCUGAGUCUCAGUUGUGUGGCUCAACUUAAUUUCUUUCAUGCUAAUCCAAGAGAAAUAAGUAUUUUCUGAAAUGUUUUGUAUCAGUGCUUAUGCUGUGUUUUUUUAAGUUCUUUUAAAAAAAAAAAUCAGUGGGCUGUAUUUGGAAACUAGCUGUUUCUCCUGUAAUGUUUAAGAGGGUUUUUGUAUUAUUAAAGUUGUUAUCCAUUAGUUCCUAGAUUCAAGAGGCUGUCUCUAUCAGUGAUCAUGCUUUUCACCUCUUUGGGAUAGAGAAAUUGGUAAACAGCUCCUAGUUCAGUACAGAAGGAGAUAUAUUGUUUUCUUUUUGACUAGAUGUGUUUUGUGGGCAUUUUUAAUUAUUUUUUAAAAAAACUGGUGUUCCAUGUAGAGACAGUAGAGCCAGAAAACUCAUCUACCAAUCACUACUAUAUAAGAAACUCUGCAUUAUCUCUUUAGUAACCUCUGGACCUGGUGUGCAGUCUGAAUACUCAAAAAAAACCUGCCUGGAGUCAAGAAAAUGAGUCCUGUUGCUUUGUUAAGGUGAUAGGUUGCCUUGUUGGGAACAGCUGUACUGAAAUGCCAGGGGCUGUAAGGCCCUUGCUUAACACUGCUUCCCACUGACAUCUAGUUGACCAAAUAUCCCAGCAAGCAGUGUUUUCAUUCAUACAGCUGUUUUGUAUGUCUACACUUCGUGGUUGCUGAGGCUGCUAAAGGAUGGCUGGAGCUUAGCUUGCAGGUGGUCAUUGCAGUUACAGUGAUGCCACUUCAAGAUCUGCUGAUACGUGCUGAUAAGGUGUCCUUGGUAAGAUCACUUCAUGCAUUGUCACUCGUUUAAUGGUUUGGUUUGGCAACAAUCUCAUGGCACAGCACAAAGUCACUCCAGUAAGUCAACAUUCUCCAGCUGAAGGUCUUUCUGCUACAAAGCCACAACUGGAUUGCGUUUUUCUCUGUAGAAUCUCCCUCAGCACAGUGUUGUCAAUUCUACACUGUGCCAAAUCCUUCCCAAUUUUCCUGCUUCUGUCUAUUCCUAAAGAUUAGUCUUGGUCUGAUUAUGAAUGUGAUGUACUUCUGUACAGUGUUCCAAAUGUACAGAAAAUCAAAGUGGAGAUACUGUUUGUUUCCAUAAUAUUAGUUGUUAGCCAUGUGAAUGGGACUGAUUGUACAGAAUCAACUACUCUGAGAAAAUGGUAAAACAAGAAAAAAUGGAGGGCCAGAUUUUUCUUCUAAAAGCAUAUAGACUUACACGCUCAUGUGCUCCACAUUAAAAGUUCUAUUUAAGAGAAUUAACUUUUGCAUCUUGAAAUUAACAUAUUGUUUUCAUUUUUACAUGUUAUAAAACAAAGCCUUGUCCAAAAUAAGAAAAGGAGGAAUGUCUGUAGAGAGGUUAUCCUGGACCAAAAGCUGGUUUUGAACAUGUGACGUAUAAACUGCCGUGUGGCUGACAGACCAGCUUGAAUAUAAAAAUGUUAUAGUUGGUACUUUCUUUAUAAUGAAUGAAAUCAGAAUUCUGUUUUCAAACUUUGAAACUCAUUACAAAACCUUUACCUCCUUUCUUCCCAUUCCUCAUGAUUUUCUAUCAUUUUAAGUGUUCGGUCUGUAGGAUGUAAAUGUUUCUAUUGGUUAUAAAGUUACAAGAAGGAAGGAGUAUCUAUCAGUAAAAGGAUGUUUUAAAACCAGUAAAUUUGAGUGGACUGCUUCUGUUACUUUUGUUUUUAUGUUGUGAAGAAUGAUCAGGAACUUUCACAUAUGGUAUGUUUCAAAAAAGCUGCAACAAAGUUAUUUUAAUAAGAAAAAUGAAUGCAUGAAUUAUUUAAAAUAGUUGGUGCAACUGUUCCUGUUAACUAAUCCAGGCACUUGGAAGGCAAUUACACUGAGCUUUGACAACAUUGCCAACCCACUGCACAGUGCCUUAUGCCAAAAGCUAUUGUUGUUUUAUUGACCACGUUCACCAUUACAUAUGCAUAUGAAAAAACAGAGGCAUUUUCAUCGGGAUUACCCUAAUAGCAUUAAGAGAUUAUUUUUUAAAUUUCCUUGGAAGGAAAUUCACUUAAAUGAGAUUACUUAUUACUUGACUGGUUUCCUAUCAUGCUGCUAUGUUUAGGUAAGUGGAGUCCAUUAGAGUAUAAAGUUUUUUUUAAAAACUGAUUUUAUACAUUAAUGAUUUCAAAUAAAGGAGAAGUACUAUAUUUGUGCACAGCUUCUUUUGAGAAAGUAAAGUCGAUGUUCUGGUUAGGAGAGAUAACACUUUUUGUCCCUCUUGGUGGCCCCCCUAGUGUCACCAUUAGUUGCUAAUUACUUGCAAACAAAUAAACAAUUAACUCCUCGUGCCUCUUGGUGGGAGAGUUUUCAUUGACAUGCUAAAACUUUCUAAUAAAAGAUUUUAAUUAAUGACGUGGCAAAUCCAGCCCCCUUGUCAACAUAGCUAUAAGGAGGACUUGUGGAGAAAUGCAAGUACAGUACACAUGCUAUGCUGGCUGAAGGUGAAAGCAUGGCAAGUACAUCCCUCUGUGCUGCUAAUGCAUCGGCCUCUCAGAAUCUUCAAAAAGUAUCUGGGUUUGUGGAAAGUAAAACCACACAGUGCUCGUUUUCCAUUGAAAGUAUUUUGGGACUGGAACAGAAAAAAGAUGGCAUUCCAGCUGUGAAACCUCACAGACCAUGGGUGGAUGCAUGCACCAACUUGGUUUUAGGUGAUGACAGUAAUCCCCAUCUGCAAAUCCCUGUUGUUUCCUAUGAAAAUCCAUUAUUUCAUGCUAACAGUAAUCCCGUGCAAGAGGAGAAAGUUUUGAAAUGUGAAAAAUAUUUUUCAGUCACUGAAAGGCUAUCUUUCAAACGAGAAUUGAGCUGGUACAGGGGUAGAAGACCAAGAACUGCGUUCACUAGAAACCAGAUUGAAGUCUUGGAAAAUGUUUUUAAAAUAAACUCCUACCCUGGCAUUGAUAUGAGAGAAGAGCUAGCUCGCAAAUUAGACUUAGAUGAAGACAGAAUCCAGAUCUGGUUCCAGAACCGUCGUGCAAAGCUGAAAAGAUCACACCGAGAAUCUCAGUUUCUCAUGGUGAAAAAUACUUUCACCUCCAGCCUGCUGGACUAGAAAGAAGGAUGGUUUGCUGUUAUGGUACUACAAUAGAACGUGAAGAAUUACUGGAAUUUUCAUAACUUGUAUUAAGUAACGAUGAUAUAUUAAUUAUGAUAUUAUUCCCAGAUUUGAAAGUUUAUAAUAAUUUUCAUUCAAAUAAACUGUAAAUACUUGAAA